CUGCUCUCCAGCACACUGAGACAAAGCUAUCUGAGGAGUGAAGUAACACAGAGCACCAAGGACCAAUAAGUCUUUUUGAGAGGACAUCCCAACCAGAGGAGCUGCUCUCCAAAAUCUAAUUAUCCAAUUUGCUUGAUGCGGCGUAAUUGUACAGACGGGAUGCCUCGUGGAAACUUCAACAUUUAUCUUGCCAGCAGCAGACGAGGAUACGUCAGAGCUGAGGAGGCGGUGGGCAUAGUUCUGCUGGUGGUCAUCCUGGCAGCUCUCCUCAUCCUGGGCUGCUGGUACUUCAAGAAGAGGAGUGGCUACAGAAUAAUCAGAAGCCCUAGGUCGGGGUCACCAAGUCAUACAGAAGGCCAGUACUCAGAGGCAGGACCUUCAGCAGAUAACAAGAUGGCUCUGACUGACUUCGGCAGCUUCCGACCUGCGGUUCCUAAUGCUCCUCCAGCCUAUGAAAAGAUCUCCUCAGGGCCGCUGCCUCCUCCCUAUUCGCCCUAAAGGACUUCUGUAGAAGAUGGACAGAUGUCUGAAGAAGAAAGGAAAAUACUGGAGAACAAACUCUAAACUUCAUCUGUUGUCUGAUGAUAUAUAAUCUGAUGUCACUAUGCUUCGUAGCUAAAUAUACCAAUAGGUGAAACUAUUCUAUCCCUCACUUUGUAAAAUUAUUCAAUGAACAAUGUAUAUAAUGUAGGUUGUUUCAAUAAACAAUAAAAAAAAAACAUUUGUGUAUAAGGAAGCAGCACAAACACACUUGUUGGGGACAGUCGCAUUGUUUAUUCCCAUGCAGUAACGUCCACAUUUGUUCAAUGAAAAUGUACCUAGUAAAUAUUUUUUUGAAAAAUCUAUAUGGUAAAAAUAAAUAAAUGUGACUUCAAAACAUUUUAUAUGGGCUCAAACAUGUAGUACAAAUUCAUCUAUUAGUUUAUUUAUAUACCUAAAAAGUAAAAUGUAGUUUUCAAACAGUUACUAGUUGGAAAAAAGGAUGACGUGACAGAAUCUGGAUACAGACAGUUGUAUUGUUCAAACUGACAAAGUAGAGAAAGCUGUACCAAUUAUUACUUCUUGAAGCAGUAUCUAAUGGCACUGAAAAGUAUUAUUACAAAAGCUUGAGUUGAAAUUCAUUCAAUCUACCCUCCCAUUCUACUGGUUUCUUAUUACAGGUGUCAUUACUGGCCAUAAAGUAAAAAAGUAAAGUCGAAGAGUCUAUAACAUUCAUCUGAGGGCAACCUCACCAGUUUCCGCUUGAAAAAAAAAAACAUCACAGUAUACAUUUCCAGUAUGUCUGAUUGAGCAUAUAGUUUACCUAUAAGAUGAU